CCUAAUGGUGGUAGGCCGCCGAAAUAUGUGAAGUUCGUGGGGAAAGACAAAGGCGAAGGGUUGCCUGAGGUAUUCCUUGAGGAUCCCCACACUUUCCAGCCCAAGCCAGGCCCGAAAGGCCAGAUCCACGCAUGGGGGUUGUAUCCGAUGAACUACCAGCUGCUGUAUUUUGCCGAUAAUCCACCCUCCCCUGAGAGGCAAUUCCUUAAAGUGUUAAUGGAACGGAAGCGCCAGCAGCUCGAACAGGUUGAUCUCGCGGGAUUAGACAAGAGAGACGUAAUUUUGCGCAUAUCGCUGUGCUGCCUUACGGACGCACACGGCAAGCCGCGUGUCUGGCGCAGGUUCCGGGUGUCCGCUGGGACGAACCUGGGCGUCUUCCAGGACAAGAUCAUAUCUCCCAUCAUGGGGUGGGUGCGCAAUUAUCAUUGCUAUACCUUCACCGAUUAUCGGGAUGGUGCCCUAUUUGGUCCGGAGAAAUCAGGAGCAAUCGACCGCGCACACUCUGCUCAGGUUGGAUAUGACUUUCUCCCGGACGACAUAUAUAUGCUUGCACACUUGUUCGGGAAAGAAGGCGAUCAAUUUGGGUAUCUGUACGAUUUCGGGGACAAAUGGUACCAUGAUAUUGAGGUAGAGAAGAUAUUUGAUCAGAAAGACUCAGACGGCCAUGUCGAGAUCCUGGAAGGGUGUGGGAUCUGUCCGGGAGGUACGAAAAUGCAGGGGAACUUCAAUUGGGAGGACGAUCUCAAGAUACACAGAAGAGCUUACUCCAGAUUUGAUAGACGACAGAAGAUCCGAGAAAUCCUCAGUUCUCCCAACUACGAAGAUUACAAGAAGUCUCCCGCAACCUUCGAUCACAAUGUAUUCGACAAGGAGCUGGCCGUCGCCCGUCUCAAUACUGCAUUAGCGAGUCCCAAUUCCGUGAAGAGUGGGGCGAAGAAGUUCAACCAGCCUAUAGCGCCUGGAGCGCAGGAUACCAUCCGUAUGAUGGACGAACGGUGGAACAAGAAGGGAGAGUCGGUGCAGCAGAGACCGAGUGACGACUCGGGAGGCUUCUGGCAGGAAACGGUGACGAACGCGAGGGAUAAGAAACGGGAAAGUGUUUGCGCGGCCUGCGGUAAGCCGGCUGGUGCUGCUCUGAGAGCGUGCAGCGCGUGCAAGAAGAUACUGUAUUGCUCGGUCGAGUGUCAGAAGCGACACUGGAAGAUCAUACACAAGAGUCAGUGUGUGCCCCGGGCGAACACCAAGGAC